UGAGACUCAGAUUAAAUCGUAGAAUAAUUAAAAUACUGUUGUAUGUCAUACCAUUUGUAUUUUUAACUAGUCUAAUAUUAUUAUAUAAAAAUAAUAAUUUAUUUAUCAUUCAAUCUUUACCGAAAGCUCCCAGUAUUAAGAUUAUUGAUUCCUUAGAAAUUAUUCAAAAUGAAAUAGAAAAAAAUUCCCAAAUCAUAAAAAAUCUUCAUCCAGGAUUAUCAAUGAAUGAUAACUAUUCAAAUUUAGAGAUAUCUACUAACAAAAUAAAGGCAUUUUUUGACAAUCCAAUCACCGAAGAACUCGACGAAAUUUCUACCGUUGCCAUAGCUUCCAAAUUCGUGACUAAAACUGAGCGUAAUGAUUCUGACACAUUAAAGCCAAGAAAUGCCGAUCAAUGUUCAGUUAUCAGGGCAUCAACUCAUAAUCCAGCCAUUGAUAUUGACAUGCUGGAUUUGUAUGAUUCGCUGACGUUCGAAAAUCAGGAUGGAGGGGUAUGGAAACAAGGCUUCAGCAUUAAAUACAAUUCCAGGAAGGAUUGGACUCCCGACAACCCGCUUAAUAUAUUUAUAGUACCCCAUAGUCAUAAUGACCCCGGCUGGCACAAAACCUUCCUGGAAUACUACGACACAGAAACGAAGUACAUAUUAGAUUACAUGGUUGAAUACCUGACCACCGAACCAAGAAUGAAAUUUAUAUAUGCCGAAAUAUCGUUUUUCUCCCAUUGGUGGAACUCAACUACCAAUGAAAAGAGAGCAGCCGUUAAAAAACUCACGGAAGAAGGAAGAUUGGAAUUCGUAAACGGGGGUUGGGUCAUGAAUGACGAAGCGAACACCCACUAUUCCGCCAUGGUGGGCCAAAUGAUACAAGGGAACGUCUGGUUGCACAAUCACUUGGGGAUUAAACCCAAGCACGGCUGGUUCAUAGAUCCGUUCGGCCAUUCUCCGGUUAACGCUUACAUCCUCAAGUCUUUUGGGUUAGAGUCGACCCUGAUACAAAGGGUGCAUUACUUCGUCAAAAAAACGUUAGCCCUCUCAAAGUCCCUGGAGUUUUAUUGGAGGCAAAAUUGGGAUUUCGUAGGUUCCAACGACAUUUUAUGUCACAUGAUGCCCUUUUACUUCUACGAUAUACCUCAUACUUGCGGCCCUGACCCCAAGGUUUGUUGCCAAUUCGAUUUCUACAGACUUCCCAACACGGGCAUAAGCUGUCCGUGGAAUGUUGCCCCUCAAUCCAUAAGCGCGUCAAAUGUUAGAGAGAGAGCCAAUCUUUUGCUUGAUCAGUAUCGCAAAAAAAGCCAGUUGUACCAGACCAACAAUCUUUUAGUGCCAUUGGGCGACGAUUUUAGGUAUAAAACGCGAAAGGAAUGGACUUACCAAAUGGAAAAUUAUCUGCAAAUCAUGGAUUACCUCAAUAAUCAUCCGCAAUACAAUGCCAAAAUUAAAUUUGCUACCCUUUCCGAAUACUUCGAAGCGAUUAAACAGGCCACUACUACUAAGAACGAUGCGAAUUCCAAAGAAAAAUCUGUUAAGAGGUUUCCGGUUUUGAGAGGAGACUUUUUCACGUACGCCGACAAGGAUAACGAUUAUUGGAGUGGGUAUUACACGAGCAGACCUAAGUACAAGAGGAUGGAGAGGAUCUUGGAAUACAAACUGAGAGCGGCAGAAAUAUUUUAUUCCCUGGCUAUCGUGACCUACCAAAGCCAGCCAACUAUCAGGGAUCAUCUGGAAAUUUUUUACCCUCUGUUAGAUACGGCGCGGAAUGAUCUGGGAUUGUUUCAACAUCACGAUGGUAUAACGGGUACAGCUAGGCAUCAUGUUGUGGAGGACUAUGCUUUCAGAAUGCUAAGAGCUAUAAAAAUCUCUGAAAGAAUAUUAGACUCGUCUCUCAAUCUCUUAUUGGAUUCUUCGUCAUCUAACUUUUUAAACGGCGCUGAACAACUUAUCAUCGUUAGCGGAAACGAAACUGAGAAGUCCAAAAUUUUUAUAUAUUUUGAUCCCGAAAAGGAACAGGAUAGCAAAAUUUUUUACUUAGUCAAUUCUCUCGCCCAAGAGAGGCAGGAACUCUACACCUUACGCGUGAAUAUCAAAGAGGUGUGCCUGUUAGAUCCCGCCACGAAGCAAGUCAUAAAGGCUCAAAUAAAUCCCGAAUUCAAGUUCGAUCCAUUCGCUGGACUUUCUACGACCGAAGAAUUGAGGGCCUUCGAGCUGGUCUUCAAGGUAACGUUGCCAGCCUUAAGUGCCACCCCGUAUGAGAUAAAAAGGGAGCAAUCCUGUUUGCUAUCUUCUCAAACGAGCCUGGCGGGAAUUGAUGUUUGGAAUCGUGGUGGAAGGAUAUACAAUCGAUUACUCGGAGAUCUGAAGAGGAACGGUUUUAAGGUGGGUUUCAAAUCCCCCACCCACGAGGGAGCUGACGCAUUUUCUAUUUACAAUUCGGAUGUCAAACUGAUGUUCGACUCUAGCACCGCCUUGUUACAGAAAUACAUAACCCAAACGCGUACCAUAACUUCUCGCCUCAAAUUCUCUUACUACGAAGCCAAGGAAUCCACCUCUCAGACCAGCGGUGCUUACAUAUUCAUGCCCGAAACGGAAGCAAAGGAGCUGAAUCCGGUUCGCGAUCCGCAAAAAUCUUUUAUCGCCGUGAUGAGGGGACCCUUAGAAUCGAAAGUGUUAACGCGUUUUCCUCUCAUUUACGACAACAUUCAAAAGUCGUCGAAUAAAGACGAUGAUUACGAGGACAAUUAUCAAGACAAUUCAAUGGGUUCUCUUUCUUAUCUGACUCACAAAGUAUCCUUGUGGAAUGUAGGAGUCGACGAUGCCAUCUCUCAGAACGAUAUAUUGCACAUAGAAAAUGAUAUAUACAUGGCUUCAUCGACCGAUGCGAACAAAGAAAUUGUCAUGAGGAUCGACACUGAUAUCCGUAACCAAAAACGUUAUUUCUACACCGACAAUAAUGGAUUUCAGAUUCAAAAAAGACGUUUUUUGGAUAAAUUACCGAUUCAGGCCAAUUUUUAUCCCAUGCCGACUUCUAGUUUUAUCGAAGAUGAUUCAUAUAAUGGGGACAAAGUUCGAAUGACCCUUUUGACGGCUCAGCCGCUAGGGGUGGGCAGCUUGCAUUUAGGCAGUUUAGAAGUCAUAAUGGACCGAAAAUUUUCUCAGGAUGACAACCGCGGUCUAGGCGAGGUAAUGGCGGACAAUGAGCCUUACACCAACAAAUUCAAACUCGUUUUCGAGAUCUCGAGCUCGAAAUCUGUCAGUUCGGAUCCGCGCAUACCAUUUAUGGAUCUAAAGCCAACUAUUGACCAUACGUGGUUGCUAAAUUAUAAAGCAUGGCACGCCUCGGCUAGGCUCUUACACCCGGCGAUUUUACGGAGUUCGGAUUCUGAUAGCGCAAAGAAAGGGUACAAUAUUAUGAAGACCCUGAAAGCGCCUGCGAUAGGUAAUGUCGGAAACGGUGACUACUUACCCGCCAAUUCGCAUCUAGUUAAUCUUAUAACCUUGCGGCUGAGGGAUCCUCAUAUGGAAAAUUUUGAUGACCCCGUAUCUCGCUUCCCUCUCUCCGUAGGAUUUAUAUUUCAUACUACUUUGUACGAUUGCGAUUACCGAAUGGAUACCUCAAAAAUUUCCUAUAAAAUUGACCUAUCUCGACUCCUGCCAUCACGUUCGAAUUUCAAACAUAUCUACGCUACAAAUUUAGCAUUCACUUCCGAAAAAAUUAGCUAUUCGAAACUUUACAGCGAUACGAGCAAUGGAAGUGAUUACAUCAUAGCAUUGAAACCUUUCGAACUCCAAGCUUAUAAAGCCAUUUUUUAUAUAUAAUCAUCAUAAUAUAAUUCCCGAGCAUGCGAAUAUUUAAUUAUCAUUGCAUUAUGUCUAAUAUAUUAUACCUGGUCUCAACGUUGUAACUCGAAAUUUAAAUACAUUAUAAAAUGGGGAAUAUUUUUUAAUGAA